AAUUUGAAUUUUACCGCUAUGAGCAGCGGAAAAUGGCGGUCAUAGGGACCCCGCAAAUUGUUCAUUACAACUAGUCGAUUCUCUUACGGACAAAGUAACGCCGAUAAACGGUACAUUAUUAACGUUAUUCUCAAUCUGAGUGAAUGGUUGAGGUCAUAAAUCCGGUGUCAUAAGUGAGCCGAGGUGUUCAAGGAUUCCUUGGAUAAUGACGACUGUUGGAAAAGGUCGAGGACGGGGUAGAAACACUGAGGAACCUACCCUGAGAAAACCUGAACCACCCUAUUGGCCAAGAGAUGAAUUGAUCGAAAGGAUUCGAGGGAUUGAUAUCAAUGACGUGGCUACCAUCAGGGACUCAUCGAGUCCAUUGUCUGAAAUUGUUCGCGACCGGAAUGACUUGAAAGACAUCGCUAAACUUUACAAUGAAGCACUGGAGGACAGAAGUUUUAUCUCACACUUGCUGGCGAUAUUUGAGAAUCCCAGCAACAAUUUUCCGGCUUUUCUCACAAUACUCCAGCCUGAUUACGAAGAUAGAGAGGAUUUUUUCAAAAGAUCGCCUUCUAGAUUCCUGAAUUUUGUAUAUUUAAUGGGUGAGGUUCUCCAACGACCCUGUAAGUUCCUUCCCGGCCCCAUGUACACUCUAUUCAUAUCGGCGGUCAUUAAUUUAUGUAAAAUUUUACUGGAGUCCGGUGAGGAGGACGAAAUUGAAGUUGUCAUGAAUCAAAUUUGGCUCAACGGAGAAAGACUGAAUGCAGCUCAACCCAAGGAGCUAGCAGAAUUAUUGAAUCAAAUCAAGGGUGUACUCAUAUCCAAGAAUUUGAGCACUAGGUCAAGGGCAAUGCUCUUGUACUCGAUUGAAAUUGCGCAUAAUAAUUGCUCGACAGCGCUGGAAGCUGAUCUACAAAAAUUCUAUGAAUCAAAUUUAGGAAAAUCGACAAUCGAUGAAUUACUGAAUCGAAGGAAUCUCGCGGCCAUCAGUGAAGCUAGAAAUUCCGAGCCGAGAAUUCCAGAACUCAAAAUUCCAGAAAGACAAUCUCCUCCUCGAUUUAAUCCCAAUAAAAAUCCGAAAAAAACAGAGGAGAAGGAGCCGCACAAGCAUCCGCAACCUAAUCAGGCACGGCCCCGUGCCAUUCGAGGUUCAGGUGUCAAUGGAAGUCGCGAUGAGGAGAAAAAAAAUACAAGGGAUUCGUCUUCAAACUGGUCAGACGGAAAAAAAGGAUGGGGUCAUGACGAUCGUUUUGAGAGAGACUACUAAAAGACUAUUUCAAGCUCGCGACUUUUGACGAUUCAGCACAUAGCUUUACAAUUAAUUUAACAUUUUUAAAUUGUGAAUGACAUUUUUGUUCGUCCCGUACAAUUGAAAUAUUAAUUAUGAAAUAUCGAAUAAAUCCUUAACAAAUUAA